CCCUACUCCUUCUCUUUCUUCAGAAUCCUCGUGCAAUAUAGAAACCUCGCGCAGCUUCUCCCAACCUGCCGACGACGGCGACGGCCUGUGAUUCGACGGCGAGAAGUUCAGAAGAAGGAACGAACCAGUGCGGGGCAGCAGAAGAAUAAAAGUGAAAUCCUAAUCCUAUAAUUAAGGGUACAAGACAAUGAGUGGUGUACAACAACUGCAAAGUGCCUCCUCUGCCUUGGCCAUAGGGUCACAGAAAAAUGAUUGCUCGGUGACCGCGGCAACUGGUGCAGAGACCAAGCCAAAGAAGAGAAUUUGCUGUGCUUGCCCGGACACCAAAAGGUUGCGAGAUGAAUGCAUAGUAGAGCACGGUGAAGCGGCUUGUGCAAAAUGGAUUGAGGCUCAUCGACUGUGCCUGCGUGCUGAGGGCUUCAAUGUUUGAGGUCGACAGUGAGUAAUAGGAGAGAAAGAUACCAGUAGAUGAUGAACUCAUUUGAUUUUAUGAAAAUUGGCACAGAUUUUGGGUUUCAAUUUUCAGAUUGACUGUUUAAACUUUGAAUAAAACAGAAAAACUGAUUUCUACAUGCAAUUCAUAAUUUAUUACCUUCUAGCUUUUUGAAUCUGCAGGUUCUACCAUGUUUGUUUUUUUGAACUGAAAUACUUAAAUAAAAGUACAAAUUGUUAUAUUGUCACUUCCAUACUGUGGUUUAGUUUUUGAGACUGAUCAAUAAAUCCUCUGCCCUGUGUUUCUCUUCCA